AUGCUUUCCCUGUCGAGGGCGCUCGGGAGGCGGCUCUUCUCCUCCGCGGCAGCCGCGUCCGAAGGGGGCGCCGCCGCCUCGACGUCGGUGGUGCGGAAGGCGCAGAACCCCCUCGAGGAGUUCUUCGAGGUCGAGCGGAGCGCCGCAGACGACCAGGCCCGUCCCCACUACGGUCGUGGUUGGAAGGCUGCUGAAUUACGCCUAAAAUCCUGGGACGACCUUCACAAGCUAUGGUAUGUCCUUCUCAAGGAAAAGAACAUGCUUAUGUCUCAACGCCAGAUGCUGAAUUCGGAGAACAUGCAUUUUCCGAACCCAGAGCGCAUUUCCAAGGUGAAGAGAUCGAUGUGCCGAAUCAAGCAUGUCUUGACCGAGCGGGCCAUAGCAGAUCCUGAUCCAAGGAGGACCGCGGAGAUGAAACGGAUGAUCAAUGCCCUCUGAUCAACUCAUGCACGCUUACAAUCAUAAACCCGAGCGGCAACUAGCGUCUAGAAAGAAUUUGCUUCCCUUGUGUUGUAUCUCUCCCCAAGAAGAUGUAUAAGACCAACUACUAUCCUUCGGGUACGCAUGGCUAUUUUGCAAACAGACAUUAAUGACUUCUGAUCGAAUAA